UUUUUUUUAAGUAUAAAAUUGGAGAUUAAACGAUUUUUUAAGUCCUUACUGAAAACGGACUGCUAGAUUAGACAAAAAUUGGGCAAGAAAUGUAUUAUUACUUAUAGUUAUCUCACCAAACAACAACAUAAUUGAGGCACACACAUUGGCAUGCCGUUUUAAACUUAUUUUCUUACUUAAGAUCUAUAAAAUCUUCAGCAAUGAGCAAUAAUCACAAAACAAGAUGAAACGGAAAAAACGGCGACUGACCUCUCACGAAAACAAAACAAAAGCGUUCACAUUAAGAUAAUUAAUGGAAAAGUUACUAGUGCAAUGGCUACAAAAUUUGUAUAUUUGCACAUACUCUUUAUUCUUUCUCUCAUAUGUAUAUGUGUAAAUCCGCAAAGCAAAUAACCACAUAUUUGCAAUUAUAUAGAUUUUUGCCUCAUUUUGAUUAUUCAACACCACGAACUAUAACAAAGAUGACAAAUUUUGCUUUUGGCUUUUCCCUCCUACUUGUAGUUAUCUAUGGAUCCAUACAAAUGAGUCAUUCUUUGUGCUGUGAUAAAAUCAAAAGAUUGGUUGAUUCAAAAAUGGAUGCUUAUCAAGUACUGUGUAAGAAUAAUACGUCACUUCCUCCAAAUUGCUGUGAUGACAUCAAAACAGAAGUUAAAUCAUAUGAAAGGUCGUAUGCAUCAAUAUGCUUAAACAGAACUGAUGUUGAGUUCCGUCAAUUCAAUGCAAUAUUUACAAAUCUUGGAGCCACUGGUCGCCAUGGUCCAACAUCAAUUGGUCAAUUUUACAAUGGUCAGGAUCACGAAAAUAUGGUAAACGUAUCGAAAGGUAUCCAGUAUUGGACAGUGCCUUACACUGGAACUUAUGAAAUUACAGCUGUUUGUGCAAUAGGUGGUGAUGAUAAGUAUGGCUCUGCUUAUAGAGAACUUGUGCAAAAUUAGAAAAACGUAUUCACUGCUGGAAACUCAGACACACUUGGUCGGUGCGUGUAUUUGAGCAAGAAAUUUUCUGUUAAUUUGGCUCAGUUUUUAUUUACGUGUAUACUAAAUAAUGUAAAAAUAUGUCUUUACAAUAGGUUUCAUACUAUUACAACUUCAGCAAACUUUGAAAAUAUCAUGUUUCUACGUAGUGACGUAGUUGAUAAAGAAUUGGAGUUAAAAGAUUGAGCAAGACAUAUCUUAAAUUGAAGUUAUAGAUUUUAAUUCCACUCGUCAUCAUGAAAAGCGAAGGCACAACAUGCCUUUUUAUAUAUCUAUGUAAAACAACAGCAAUAACCUCCGUGCAUCUUUGUAUAUGGUUUGCGUUAAAUACUGAAUGUUGAAUUUGUAUUCUUUUCAUGCUACUCGUUCAUUCCUCACUCAUGGCAAGAAAGAAGUACAACCAAAUUUUUUCUUAAGAAAAUUUGUCCAGUUUUUAAAUUGACUGCAUGCAAGGAGCUUCACAUAUUUCACACGUAAAAAUAGUGCAACCUAAUGCAGAUAUGAAAAAGUUGGUUGAACUAAAUUGUUUCAAGCGUAAAUGUUGUCAUGGUAGUGUUUAUUGUCUUAAUGUCAAAAUUAUGAACGGAAGUAUUUUUCUUCCAAGCUUUAUGUCUUCUAAGUUUUUAUAUUGUUUUUUAAUUCGUUAUACGUUUGUUAUUGCGCAUUAACAAAAAAUUGCCACAUAAAGAAUGUAACUUAAACAUAUUCUAAUAUUUGAAUCGCACUACAUGCGGGAAACUACUUGGUUUCAGCGAAGAGUUUUUAUGGGAUAGGUUAUCUAUGUAGUCAAAAUGAUUAUUUUUAAAUUUGAUUUGAAAUAGUUGUGAUAUUAAAAUUGUCAAUAAAGAAUACAGUUUAAUUAA